AUGUGUCCUGAGUCUUCCAGCUACAUGGGUGUUUCCAUAUUAAAACCUCUGAUGGGCCUUGACCCAAACCUCCUUUCAAAUCUAGAAACAUUCUUCACUAUGGACUACGAUUGCUACGAAAUACUAUUUUGUGUAGCCGAAGAAGGCGACCCGGCCAUCAAAGUUGUCAACAGUCUACUAGAUAAGUUUCCAACAGUCGAUGCCAAAUUAUUUGUGGGAAAUAGUAAUGUGGUUGGUGUGAAUCCAAAAAUAAACAACAUGCAGCCUGGAUAUUUGGUUGCAAAACAUCCGUUGAUUUUGAUAUCGGACAGUGCGAUUCGCAUGAAACCGGACACUUUAAAAGAUAUGGUCGAACACAUGACUGACAAAGUCGGACUAGUGCAUCAGUUGCCGUUUGUCUGCGACAAAGAUGAUACUUUGGUUUCGGUUAUGGAGAAGAUAUUCUUUGGAACUUAUCAUGCACGCAUUUAUCUGCUAGCAAACCUUUUGAACGUGAACUGUGUGACAGGGAUGUCACUGUUGGUACGUAAAUCGCUUUUAGAUGAAGUAGGCGGACUACAGAGUUUCGGUGCAUACCUGGCUGAGGACUUUUUCAUAGGCAAAUCUCUGAAAGACAGAGGAUGGAAAUUGCAAGUUAGUGCGCACCCCGCCCUCCAGAAUUCCACAGGAUAUGGAAUGGACUACUUUCGUAAUCGUCUGAGACGAUGGCUGAAGCUGCGUUUGAAAAUGGUCCCAUUCGUCACGUUUCUGGAGCCUUUUACGCAAAGCAUUCUAAUUGGCUUUCUGGCUUCGUGGGCCUGCAACUACUUAUUUGUGUGGAAUCCUGUUGCUGUUUUCUUGGUGCACAUUUUUGUGUGGUUCAUUUUCGAUUGGACCAUGAUGACAAUAUUGCAGAAUGGACCACUGCGAAUCAGCCGGUUUGUGUUCUUGGUGGUUUGGCUGCUGAGGGAAGUGGACAGCAACGUUUUGUUCAUGACAGCGCUGGUUGACCCAUCCAUCGUUUGGCGAGAUAAGACUUUCAGAGUUAGUUGGGGUGGGAUGACUGAAAAGGUUAUUGAAAAAUAA